UCUCCUUUCCAAACACCGCGCCUCGGGACAGGCGGCAAGUGGCUCGCGCCGCACACCGCCACCCUGCUCACUGUAAACAAACCAACCUGGCCCUGCUUGUGCUACACAGCCUACACUUUAGCGGGAGACGCCUCAGCCUCGCUCAGCGUUUACCGUCUUUAUUCUCGUCCGUUGCAUUUAAGAAACACUCAACAUGGCUAAGUGGACCGGGAAGAAGGUGAAUGUUGCAUUUUCAAAACCUGACGAGCCAUCAUUCCUCAAGAAAUUCAAGGAGAGAGUGGGCUACAAGGAGGACCAUGGCUUGUCAGAGAAGUUUGCAGUGAUGCCGGAUGCAACAGCAGAUGAUCUUGCUGACCAAGAUGAUGAGUUGCCCCAGGUAGUCAGUCUCCGGACAGGGGACUUGACGCAAGAAGAAGUGGAAAGAUUACGCUCAGAAGGAAAGCUGGAUGAUCUCUUUGGGGACAAAGUUGAGGGUGAGGUCCAGGGGCCAAAGCAGAGACAUGAAGUUGAAGGUGACGAAGCACCACCGGAUGGAAAAAUCAUCUUCCGCAAGCCAACCAAACGCAGCAGUGAUGAAGCACAAGGGAAGGACGGAAAGAAGCUAAAAGGUGAAAAAUCUGAGGAACCAUCAGAAAGUAAAUCAAAAAGAGUGAAAAAGAAAGGUGUUCAAAAUAAGAAACUCUUGUCAUUUAAUGAAGAUGAGGAAGAUGAAGAUUAUUAAGAACAGAACAGGAUAGUGUGUCCAUCUAGUUACAGCUUGGGUUUGGGAGCAAGUGCAGUAAUUCUUUGCCCUACAACUCUUAGAUACAUGCAAAACUGUCCAUUAGUACAGUCAAAUCUGUCACAUUUAGUAGUAUAGCACUGUCAUGAAUAGUAAACAGUGGACAUCAUGGAUCUCCUUGUGACUGAGACUCAAAAUCACAUAUGUUAUUCAUAAUAGGAGUUUUAUAAUAAAUAUAUGUAUGGAACCCAGAAAAAAAAAAAGUAAUUUUUUUAUCUCAAUAAAGUCUUUGUUGUAA